AUGAACAUCUCCAAUAACUCCGAUCCAGCCGAAGAAAACAAUGAAAACUACAGUGAUGAUGGUGGUUAUGAACCUUGUUCUAACAGUGUGAACGUUAUGGUUGGACCUUACAUUCACUCCAUCAUCUGCAUCCUGGGCUUGGUGGGGAACAGCCUGGUCAUCCUCACCUAUGCCCUCUACAAGAGAACCAAAUCCAUGACUGACGUCUACCUGCUCAAUGUGGCCAUCGCUGACCUGCUGUUCGUGCUGGCUCUACCUUUCAUCGUCUACAACGAGCUGUACUCUUGGCCCAUGGGGCAGGUGGCCUGUAAGCUGCUGCGUGGUUCCUACAGCGUCAACCUGUACAGCGGCAUGCUAAUGUUAACCGUCGCCUACCUGCACUGCUGCCUGAACCCGCUGCUGUACGCCUUCAUCGGAGUGAAGUUCAGGAGCCACUUCAGCAGGAUCUUCCAGAACCUGUGCUGUGUGGGUAAGAGGUACAUCGCCCCGCGCCGCUCAUCCAGAGCCACCUCCGAUAUCGGCAUGUCCACAUUUCGCCAUUCAGUGAAUGUUACUGCUGAAAACAGUUCGUCUUUAAUCAUGUGAAGAUGUUUUUCUCAGAGGCUCUGAUUGAGACAUUCAGGUCUUUAAUAUUCAAACUGGACUUUUACCAUCAGCAUGAUGGAUUUAGAAAGGACUAAAAAAACAUGACAAUAUCCAUAAGUUUUGGUUUGUUGAGCUGAUUGUUUCUCAUUCUCCAUAAAAUUUCUGGCUACUGUUGACAAUACUGUGUAUUGUGAGGCAUAAUUAUGACUACAGGUACCUAGCCUUAAAAUUUUACUAAAAAGCAGCUAAAAAAUGUUUUUUUGUCUAAAAGAGUUGAGAAAGUUAUUAAAAAGAAAGAAUAGAUGUCCAGACAAUUGAUUAUUCAGUUGAUCAGAUGGAUAAACCAACCUGACUUACCACCUCUCUGUUAUGGAUAAAUUUGGACAGAGAUAAAGAAAUCAGAUGUUUUAUUUUACAGAUAUUUUGCUGGACUGACUAAAACAACCUUCAGAUAUUUCUGAUGCCCAGUUGAAAGCUGUGAUAUGUUGUAGUAAGAAGAUCCUGGUUUAAAUCCCAGCCUGGAGUUUUUCUUUCAUGGACUUGAUGUUCCAUCUCCCUGUGAGAGUACGAGUUCCCUCUGGGUACUCUGGU